CAUUCAUACAAUGUAAUGAAUGCAAUGAAUCUAUUGAUCAGCUAAACCUAAUUCUGAUUCUGUUUUGGGUUCUCUUUAAUUACUGUGAAAUUAAUUUCUUUUAUCUAUCAAAUUCACGUUAUUUGAAUUUCAGUGAAUACUGAAUGUUUUUUCCCAGUGAAAAAUUGUGUUGACCUGUUAGUAAUUUUUACCAACGGAAUACCAUUUUCUAAUAAAAAUGAGUGGUACAUCAUAUACUGAAGAACAUCUUAUUGAUUCUGAUGGAAAUCAAGACGAUCCUUACUUAAGACUGACUUUAGAAGAAACCGAAGACGAUUACAAUAUUGAGGAUAUUUCCAAAGAUCAAGUCAAAGAGUUACAUGACGAUAACAGAUUUUUGUUGGAAGAUGAUGAACCAAUAGAGUCUACCAGCUCUCAAAUAAACAUUAUUGACAGACGUGUCAAUGACAAAAUUAGUGGUAAAAAUAAAUCCAGUGACAUCAGUCAAGAAAUUGGUCCUCCAAGUCCUACUAUUGAUACUCGACCAUCAUCAUAUACAGAACCAGAAUUUUGGUGUUCAGUUGCAUAUUAUGAGUUGAAGAACAGGGUUGGUGAUACUUUUCACGCAUCUCAGCCAUCACUAACGGUGGAUGGAUUCACUGAUCCAUCAAGUUCAGAAAGAUUUUGUUUAGGGUUACUUUCAAAUGUUAACCGAGGUAGUUUAGUUGAGCAAACUCGUAGGCACAUUGGUCGGGGCGUCAGAUUGUAUUAUAUUGGUGGGGACGUCUAUGCCGAAUGCCUAAGUGAGAGCAGCAUUUUCGUCCAAAGUCCUAAUUGCAAUCGAAUGUACGGCUGGCAUCCGGCUACCGUUUGCAAAAUACCUCCUCGUUGCAAUUUGAAAAUUUUCAAAAAUCAAGACUUCGCCGAUCUACUCGCUCAAUCGGUCAGUCAAGGUUUUGAAGCUGUGUUCGCACUCACCAGAAUGUGUACUAUUCGUAUAAGUUUUGUUAAAGGUUGGGGAGCUGAGUACAGAAGACAGACAGUAACAUGUACGCCAUGCUGGAUAGAGCUACAUCUAAAUGGACCAUUACAAUGGUUGGACCGAGUCCUAAUUCAAAUGGGUGCACCUCGAAUUCCUUGUAGUUCAAUGUCUUGAGCACUCUUAUCCUCUCCUAAAUCCGCAACCUGAAAAGAUGAUCGUAAUCAACAAUCUUAAAUCAAAUUUGUUCAAUAGAUUGUUUAAUUUGUUCUAUGUUGUAAAUGACUUGAAAACGAGCGAGCAAGAUGUAACCAGGGAUGGAUUAUUGAUGUACAAAAAAAAAAUGAAAUACAAACUGUUACCUUAAUCAAUUCAUCUUUUAAUAAUGAUCGAAUUAGCAUAAUUAGCGAAGAAUGGGAAAUGAAUUGACAGUUAAAUUAAUAAAGCCCACUAUCAUAUUAAAGCUUGUCACCAUUGAAA